AUGCUUCGUGGUUUCAGAUCUGUUGCUAGACCCAGCUUGGCUCGUGCCGCUGCACCAGUGGCCCGUCGUCAAGCCCACGCUAUUUCUAACCCUACCUUGGUUAACCUUGAGAGUCGUUGGGAGGCUAUGAGCGAGGAGGAGCGUUCAGAUAUCGUUGCUCAAUUGGCCGAGAGACAAAAGGGCUCGUGGGCCGAGUUGACUGUUGCCGAGAAGCGUGCUGCUUGGUACAUUUCCUACGGUGCCUGGGGCCCCAGAAAGCCCAUCCACGCUCCUGGCGAUGCCGGCAGAAUUGUUAAGGGCAUUGCUGCAGUGAUUCUCGGCGCCGCUACUCUUUUCACCACCAUCAGAUUGUUGUCUCCAUCUCUACCUCACACCAUGAACAAGGAAUGGCAAGAGGCUGCCAACGAGAAGCUUGCCGAGAAGAACGCCAACCCCUUCACUGGCUACAACCAAGUCCAAUCGCCUUCCAAGGGUCCUUCUGACGACGACGAAUAA